GUAAAGGGGUGGAGGGGAGGGACGUCAGAUCAAUUAUUUGAAAGUGGCAGGGGGAGGACUCUGAUUAGACUUGAACAGGAAGCACCUUCAGUUUAAUCAUUCUUUCUGUCUAUCUCUUAUUAACUGUUGAUGGAAACGUUUUAUGGAUUAAAAAUUAUAAUACAAGAAUUCCCAUAGGUCCCUUUUCCCAACAGCAAAUAUCUCUUGGCCUCUUCUCUUAAUAUUUUGUUUUAAAUUUCACUUAACAGAAAGAAAGAAAGAGGGAUUAAAACAAAUAAAAGAAGUGGCUGAUUGCCAGGUGGUAAACAUGAUCAUUUCUAUCCGCUAAAGGAUUAGUUUCAUCCUGAAGCCCAGAGAAACUGAGGAGAUGGAUAAUAUUGCUGCCUCUUAUUGCUUUGGAAGUAUCACUGUGCUGGAUUCCAUGUUCUAUUUCACUCACAGAUAGUCUGUGUCUGGCUGAAGCAUUUCCUUUAAAGGGCACUGCUGGAGAAAGUACUGGCACCUGUCCUGAUGGAGAGCUCCUCUUCUCACACUAGUGAGUUAGCUUUCUCACCUGUGCCUGAGAAUGACUCUGAAGAGCCAGAGCUGCCGGUGUCUCUGGAGGACUGGAGCGAUGGUGAGAAAGAUAUGGAUUCUGGCAGAAGCUCUCAUGGCCACUCUAGCAAGAUCCCUUUUCUCUGUGUCCCUUCCGAAGGCAAAGAUGUCCCCACCGCCACCCGGGAUCCUGAGGACCAAGAUACAGAAGUGCGGCUGUUCUGGCUCUCGCAUCACAAAACCCAGCACUGUAGGAAGCAGGGGGUUGUGGCUCAGGAGGCAGAGAAGCCUGCAGCUAUCACAGAGGAAGCAGGACCUUCCCAGCGGAGUCGUCUACAGCGGAAAGAUAGCUGCAAGAUGAAGGGAUCUUUGGAGAACCAACAGGAGGUGGAAGAAAAGCUGGACGCUCCAACUCCUUGUUCAGACGGCUUGGUGCAGCUGAUAGAUGAGCACGGGGUGUAUUCCUCGGCCAAGCUGGUGCCCGCCACCGAUGCGGCAUGCCUCGUCUCGCCCCUCCCGCGGCAGUGUUUGGAGCGCAGCAGCGGGGAAGGGGAGGAGUUUGAGAUCCGGGAGGUGGUUGUGGAUGAGAAGCCAUUCCAGUGUGCCCUCUGUGCCAAGGCCUUCAAGCGGGCAUGGGAGCUGUUCAGUCAUGAGGUGGUACACAAUGAGGAGCGCCCAUUCCGCUGCCAGCUGUGCCAGGCCUCCUUCAAGCGCCACUCGGACUACAAGAGCCAUGCCCUCGUGCACACAGAGGAGCGGCCGCACCGCUGUGAGCUGUGUGGGAAGCGUUUCAAGCGGGCGUCCAAUCUCGCCGAGCACCGCCGCAUCCACUCGGGGGAGCGGCCCCACCGCUGCGCCGCCUGCGCCAAGCGCUUCAAGACGCCCUACGAGCUGCAGCGGCACACCCUGACCCACUGUUCGGAGCGGCCCUUUGCCUGCGCGGCCUGCGGGAAGGGCUUCCCCGCCGCGGGGCCCCUCCUCCUGCACCAGCGGCAGCACUGCGACGACAAGCCCCACGCCUGCGGCGUCUGCGGCAAGCGUUUCUCCUACGGACACAGCCUGCGGGUCCACGAGCGGGUGCACACGGGCGACCGGCCGUUCUCCUGCGCCCUCUGUGGCAAAGCGUUCAAGCAGUCCAACGCCUUGGCCUCCCACGAGCGGGUGCACACAGGGGAGCGGCCUUUUGCCUGCCCGACGUGUGGCAAAGCCUUCAAGCAGUCCUCGUACCUCGCGAUCCAUGCCCGUUCACACACCGGCGAGCGCCCCUACGCGUGCGGGGCCUGCAGCAAGGCCUUCUCCCGGCCCUCGCUGCUCCUGCAACACCAGCGCGUCCACAGCACGGAGCGGCCUCACCGGUGCCAGCACUGCGGCAAGCUUUUCAAAGACCUGGCCUACCUGGCCGUGCACGAGAAGGUGCACACAGGCGAGACUCCCUACAAGUGCCCCGUCUGCCAGAAGGGCUUUGCACACCCGUCCAACCUGUUGCAGCACCAGCGAAUCCAUCGGGACGGAUAGCGGGGGGGAAAGGGCUGGUUGGCUGAUUUUGUGGGGUUGUCUUCUCACGAACAGAAACAUGUUUGUGCAAUUUGCACACGUGCUCCAAUCUGCAGCAGCACCUGGGUGUGCCCUGUGGUGGAUGGAGAGUGCCAUUUGCAUGCCCUUUGCACCCCCACCAAACUACACUCCAGCUUUGCUGGAUGUGUGUUGUACAUACCGGCACUAUGGUUUUCUCCCUGCUCCAGCACUAUCCUGUGUCCUGUAAUAAAUCGUACCUGGAACGUGA